UGUUAAAAGUGGCAACUCUAAUAAACCUCUUUGACUCGCACGUUUUCUUCGUUCGAUAAAAUAGCUCUCUUUGCUCAAAUAGAGGAAACAUGGCUGCUUCCCUGGAGACAGUGAUACUUAAAUUACUCCAAAAUACUACAAAUGAGGGUCAAGUUCAGGGCUUCCGAGAAAUUCAAGAUUUAUUCAAAGAUCCCUCUAUAAUAAUUUCUCUCUGUCAGUGCCUUACACAAUCUCAAGAUCCACAUGUACGUGAAUAUGCUGCUCUUUUACUCCGAAGAAGGUUGUUGAAAGUCAAAUUUUGGAAAAAAGUUCCAGACGAUGUUAAACAAGGCUUGAAACAAACAGUAUUGGAAUCCUACAUUAAAGAUAAUGAAAAAAGAGUUAGAAAUGCUAUUGCUGAACUUGUUGCUGCUAUUUCUAAACAUGAAUUCUCUGAUGGGAAGUGGCCUGAGUUGAUGACACUUUUAAACCAAAGCAUCCGUAGUAACAAUGUUAAUGACAGAGAAGUUGGACUAUAUACCAUGAGUGUCAUUGCCAAAACAUUAGGAGCAAAACUAAAACCACAUUUUAAAGGCCUCUUGAGCCUUUUCCAAAAAACUCUCACAGAUACUUCAACAGUUGAAAUUCCAUUUUAUACAAUCAAAGCAUUAACUAAUAUGGUUUGCAGCAUUGGAACAGAAGAAAUGAACUUGUUUCAAGCUCUUAUUCCAAAUGUCAUCACAGUCAUCAAACUUAUUGCAAAUGACAAUCAAGUUAAAGCUUGUGAAUGCUUAGAAAUAUUUGAUGAAUUGGUUGAAUCUGAAGUUGCUGUUCUUGCACCACAUUUAAAAAGCUUGAUUGACUUAUGUUUAGAGAUAGCUGCAUCCAAUGCAUAUGGGGAUGAAUUGAGAAUAAAAGCAGUUAAUAUUGUUGCUUAUUUAAUAAGGCUGAAGAAAAAGGCUGUGAUUAAACAACGAUUAGCUCAACCAAUUUUGGAAGUAAUAUUUCCAUUGAUGUGUAAUCCAGGUCCUGGAGAUGAUGAUGAUGACAGUGAUCUCGAGGAGCAAACUUUGCCAUCAGCUGCUGGACAGGCUCUGGAUGUUAUGGCUCUUCAUUUGCCUCCUUCUAAACUGCUACCUCUUUUGAUGCACCAUUUGCAAGGUGCAUUUGAAAAUGCUGAUCCUUAUCAUCGAAAAGCUGCCUAUCUUGCUAUUUCGGUCAUAGCUGAAGGUUGUUCUGAAUUUAUCAGAUACAAAUAUUUGCCAAUUUUUGUUCCUGUUAUAAUACGUGGUAUACAGGAUAAUGACACUGUAGUACGUAAUGCUGCAUUAUAUGCUGUUGGGCAGUAUGCUGAAUAUUUGCAGCCUGAAAUCAGUAAAUAUGCUUCAGAAUUACUUCCUGUUCUUUUUGAUUAUCUUCAAGCCACUUGUCAACAAUUACAGCAAGGAAACAAGAAUCCUCCUACUCUCAUGAGGACGUUUUAUGCUGUGGAAAGAUUUUGUGAAAAUCUAGAGGACAUAUUGCCAUACUUACCUACUCUAAUGAAUUGCUUGACUACAUUUUUGACUGUGGACACUGAAAAAUCAGCUAUUGUGAAAGAACUUGCAGUAGAAGCUAUUGGAUCAGUUGCUGCUGCUGCUAAAUCAAAUUUUCUUCCAUAUUUUCAACCAAUUAUGAGCCAUUUGCAAAGAUUCAUCGCAGAAAAACAUACAGAUGAAACAAGACCAUUACAAAUACAGUCUAUUGACACAUUAGCUAUAAUUGCAAGAACUGUUGGGCCUGAAAUAUUUAUGCCGUUAGCCCAUGAUUGCAUCAAAUGUGGAAUACAUCUGAUGACAGAAAUAGAUGACCCCGAUGUUCGUAGAUCUUGCUAUGGAUUAUUCUCUUCAGUGUCAGUUGUUCUAAAAUCUGAAAUGGCACCUUAUCUUAAUACAAUAGUAGAACGUAUGCUUGAAAGCGUAAAGUCCUUGGAAGGAAUUAGCAUAAGUACAAGCUGUGGAGACAGAAAUACAGCAUUCACUCUCUUUGAAGAUGAAGAUGAUGAAGAGAAAGAAAAUGGUGAUAUGAAUGAUGACAACAUUGAAAAUCUGGAGGAUGCUGAAGAUGAGGAUGAUGAUGAUGUAACUGGGUACAAUGUUGAAAAUGCUUAUGUAGAAGAAAAGGAAGGUGCCUGUCUAGCUUUAAAAGAAAUGAGUGAUGAAGUUGGGGCUCCAUUCUUAAAUUACAUUGAAGUAUCUUUCAAUGAAGUUAAAAAACUAAUCGAGCAUCUGUCAGAUGAUGUCAGAAGAGCUGCAGUGGGCACUCUAGGACAGUUUUGUAUAACCCUAAAUGACAUUUUUACUGAAACUGGAAAUUUGGAAUGCCGAGUUGCUCUUGAAACAAAUCUGGGAAUCUUGCUUCCAAAACUUUUUUCACUUGCAAGAGAAGAUACUGAAAAUACUGUUGUCCUUGCCUGUUUAGAGACUUUACAGAAUAUCAUUGAUAAAAUAAAGGGCAAUGCUUUGAAUGCUAGCUAUCUUGAAUCAAUUUGCCUGCUUAUAAAAGAUGUAUUCAAGAACAAGUUGGCAUGUCAAGAUGAAGAUACGAAUGAAGAUGAGGAUGAACAAGAAGCAGAAUAUGAUAAUUUGCUUUUGGAAUAUGCUGGUGAAUUGAUUGCAUCACUUAUCAAAGUGGUACCUUGGAAUCAGUUUGCCCCAUAUUUAGCUGGCUUGAUGCCAUUUUUGUUGUCAAAAUCUAAAAAAGCCUGCACAGUUUCAGAAAAAUCAUUUUCUAUUGGUACUCUUGCUGAUAUUGUAAGCUCAAUGCAACCUGGGAGUGUAAGACCGUUCUUAAAUCAUUUGCAACCUGUAUUCCUCAGUGGAAUGAAGGAAGAGAAUGAAGAAGUCCGAAGUAAUGCAGUAUAUGGAUUGGGAGUUCUUGCUCAAAAUGCUGGAGAUAUUGUAUUUGAUCAAUAUCCUCUAUAUUUACAAGCUUUGUCAAAUAUGAUUGCUUCAGAAGAAGAUCCCAGAGCUAAGGACAAUAUCUGUGGGGCUGUUGCUAGAUUAAUACAAACUAAUAUUAAUGGUGUUCCAUUGAAUAAUGUAUUUCCCGUUUUUCUUAAUUCCCUUCCUCUGAAGGAAGAUCUUGAAGAAAAUGCAACAGUUUUUGAAUGUUUGAAUUAUCUAUAUAGUAUUCGUUGUGAACAGUUUUUUCAGAAUAUUCCCCAAAUACUCAAGGUCUGCUCAGAAUCUGCAGUUGGUGACAAGCUCAAUGAAAAAGCUGUUGCUUUAAUGCGUACUCUACUGAAUAGUAUAUAUAAUGAAUUUCCUAAUGACUUUGAAUCUGUUUUAAAGACUUUGCCUCAAGCCAAUGCUGAAGCACUUGCAAAAGCAAGACUAGGAGCAUAAUUUAAUUAUAGAAGAAUCUGUAAAUAAUAAUUUAUGAUGGUGAAUCAUUUGAAAAUAAACUUUAUUUAUAAAAUUUU